AGAAAGCCGAGGGAAAUAGGAGACGUCCCAUUCUUGCUACGGUGGCCUGAAAGGAGUGGCGGAGGCGGCUCAGAAGAAUUGCUCGCUUCUGGGACUCAAUCGUAAUGUCUUUCAAGAGGGAAGGGGAUGAUUGGAGUCAACUCAACGUGCUUAAAAAACGAAGAGUCGGGGACCUGCUGGCCAGUUACAUCCCAGAGGAUGAGGCGCUGAUGCUACGGGAUGGACGCUUUGCUUGUGCCAUCUGUCCCCACCGACCUGUACUGGACACCCUGGCCAUGCUGACUGCCCACCGUGCAGGCAAGAAACAUCUGUCCAGCCUGCAGCUUUUCUAUGGCAAGAAGCAGCCAGGAAAGGGAAUGGACCAGAGUCCAAGCCAGCAGAAUGAAUUGAGGCCGUCAGAGACCAAGGCUGAGGCUCCUCUGUUAACCCAGACUCGACUUACCACCCAAAGUGCUCUGCACAGAGCUCCUUACUAUAACAGUUGCUGCCGCCGGAAGUACAGACCAGAAACCCCUCGUCCCUCUGUCUCCCAUUCCCCUUUGCCACCCCCAGAGGUUGAGCCCGAGAGUGGGAAGAUCACUAGGGAACCCAUGCCUGGGGUUGGCCCACAGGCCAAAGAGCCAGCAACUGUCUCGUCCCCUGCACCCAUGAGCCCCACAAGAAGACGAGUCCUGGAUCAUUACCUUACCCUUCGAAGCUCUGGAUGGAUCCCAGAUGGACAAGGUCGCUGGGUAAAAGAUGAGAAUGUUGAGUUUGACUCUGAUGAAGAAGAACCCCCUGAUCUCCCCUUAGACUGACACCCUCUUUCCCCACUUAGUUCACAAAUAAAUUUCAGCGGGCUCUGGGAGCCUAACUUU